CGGCUUUGGAUUGUAGUAACUUGUUAUUCCCUUUGAAAGUUAAUUAUAUUUCUAUCGUUUCUCAUUAUUUCUAUGAUGAAAGCUGUAAGAAUUCUUUAGCCAUGUUAAAUCAAACUUCAACAGAAGCGCUUCUUUCGGCGACUUAUGUUGAAAAUUACUUAGAUUGCGUUGAAAAUCUACCUAAUGACCUGCAACGACAUUUAUCGCGUAUGCGAGAACUAGACGUGACUUACAGGGAGUGCCUCCGUGAUGCAGAAACACACUUAGCCGUUUGUAUAGCACCCAACACUGAGGAACGCAGAUGUGGAAGAGCCGCAUUACGUUUACAAGCAGCUCUAGUUGCAGCCCAAGAAAUUGGUGAUGAAAAACUUCAAGUUGUUCAAUUGCUUCAAGAUCUUAUUGAUAACAAACAGAGAUCACUUGAUGCAGACCAUAAAAAAUUAAUUUCAUCUUUAGAAGUGAAUACAAACGGCACAGCUAAAGAAGAAUCUCCUCAAGCAUCAGAGUCUCGGUCUGCAGAUAAAGACACAAGCAUACAACAAGUGCAACAAACACAUGCACCCCCACCCCCUCCGCCUGAGAGAUCUGGUGAAAAAGAAAAAGAUAAGUCAGAUAAAGAUAAGACGGGAGGAGAACGCUGGUCGAAGCGAGCACGACGGUCAAGAACGACAGCAGGAGCUGCGACUGAUGGCGCUGAUUCAGGCGACCGCGACAACGACCGACAUACGCACAAUACUACACACAAGAAAGGUAUAGGUAAGAAGAAAAAGCGCAAAGCUCGACAGACAGCACAACGCUCAGAAACUCCUCCUGAAGAAACAGAUGCAAUUGAUCCAGAUGAGCCCCGUUACUGUCUGUGUGAUCAAAUUUCUUAUGGUGAGAUGAUUCUCUGUGACAAUGAUCUCUGCCCUAUAGAAUGGUUCCACUUUUCCUGUGUCUUUCUCACAACAAAGCCGAAAGGGAAAUGGUUUUGUCCAAAGUGUCGUGGUGAUCGUCCAAACGUGAUGAAACCUAAAGGACAAUUUCUAAAAGAACUUGAACGGUAUAACAGAGAAAAAGAAGAAAAAGCAUAGCGAUUGCUUGAUUAAAAGUGAGAUGACUGUGAUUAUUUUGGGCUCUGAGAGUUUGCAAUGACCCUAAUUAAUAGAAAUCUAUAAAUAUCAUAUGACUCUGAUUUAUAUAAAUUUAAAAAAGGAUUUGUUUUCAAGGAAAAAAUAUUAUAAAAUAAUAGUAAAGACAAGUAAGUAAAAUUCUAUAACCACAUUGCAAACUAAAUUAAAAAAUCUAAAUUGAAUGGAGAGAAAUAUAUAUUAAGUCAUCUCACAAAUGCCCGCAAGCAGACUAUUUUACAAACAUAAGUAUUUAUAAUGUGAUGAUUAUUAAUAUGUUAUUCAGAUUUUAUAAUGUAAAAGAAGAAUAAAAUACUUUAUUGUCAGUUAGAAAAAAGGGGACUGAAAAGAAUUCGUUUUAUUUAAUAACUUAUUCUGGCAAACAAUAUGUAUAUAUUACAAUAUUGUUCUCAAUGUGAAGAGAAUAUUAUGACAUAAUACUAUUAUUGUAAAGCGUCACGUUUGUACGCAAUUAUAAGAAUUCUGUACAGAAAGUAGUUUUCUAAUACAGUUGAAGUUAACACAUUUUAUUUCUUCAAUUUAAAUAUAAGAUUU